AUGCCACCAAGACAUACUCUCCUUGUCCCUCCAAGCGCAACGCGCCUCCUCAUACCCCGAACGAGCAUCGUCCGGUCUCUCUCCUCCCUCACCACCACAACCACAACCAGCAACACCACAUCCUCCCACCACCCACACCAGCGGAGGAUAUCCUCACCACCUACACCAGUAACAACCACUACCACCACCCGUCCUUACUCCUCCUGGCUCCUCUCCGCCGUCUCCUCCGCCGCCUCCGCCCUCAACAACGGUUCUCCCGGUGGUGGUGGUGGUAACAACAGCGCGCCAGAAACCGUCCUCCGCGCACGACGCAUCCUUCCCUACCCAUCUGCGCACCUCUACAAUCUGAUCGCCGACGUUUCCUCCUACAGCCAAUUCCUGCCGCAUUGCAGUCGGAGCGUAACAAAAACAAAAACAAAAUGGCCAGCCCGCGGCGACCUGACAGUAGGCUGGGGUCCCUUUACCGAGUCCUACUCGUCACGCGUCUAUUGCGUUCCGGACGACGGUCAGGGUGUAGGCAUCGUGGAGGCUGUUAGUGGGAAUGCUUCUACCAAUAUCCCUGCUACUGUUCUCCAGCAAUUUGGAUAUCAGAGUUCGCCGUCAGAUACGACGGAGAAGAUGGAGGGCUUGUUUGAGAGUCUGGUGACGAGGUGGACGGUGAGGAACGUGCCGGCUCCGAAGAAGAGCCAAGGGGGAGAGGGGGCCGGCGACAACUGGACAGAGGUGGCGCUGAGUGUGAGGUUCAAGUUUGCGAGUCCGGCGCUGGGGUUUGCCGUGGGACAGUUGGCGGGACAGAAGGUGGAUGAGAUGGUUGCGGCUUUUGAGGAGAGGGCUAGGAGGACUUGGAGAAGGUGA